AUGAUUUAAAAAAAAUAGAUUUAUAGAAACUUUUUAUGUAGAGAUUGGAGGAUUAGCAAUUAGAUUUGUUGUUUGCAUCUAAUUUUUACUCUUUUGAGUGUGAUUAUAUUCGUAGCUAGCAAUUAUAUAUAUAUGUACAUUGUUACAGAAGAAUUAAUGGACAUUACAUCAGAAAUAUUUCAUAAAGAAACUUAAAAUCAUUUGAAUAUGUUGAGUUACUUAGAAAAAUCUUCAACUUUAGACAUAUUUGAUGAUAGUACAAGAUAGCUUUUAUCUAUUAAUUAGUUAUAUAAGAUGAUAGAUAAGGAUUUCCACAUUGAGAUGCCUUAUGAUUGCUUAAAUAAUAAGUAAUACAAUGAUUCAUAUGCAUAUUUUUUUUCUUUUUGCUAUGCUUUUUGUAAUUUGACAAAUGGAUUAAAUAUUAGUAAAUAUGAGAAUAUAUUAAAAUUAACAUCCUUAUUAACUGAAACCUUAAGAAUUUAUGAUCUUUAAUUAUUAACUCUGAUGGCUCAUGUUGGAGAAGAAUAGUUUUUUACAUAAAAUAGAGGAUAUGCACUUUCAAAUUAUUAUCCUCAUACUAGAUAAUGGUAUCGAGAUCAUAUAGCUCAAAUGGGAACAGGUAAAUAGAUUAUAGUUAGUGAUCCUUAUGUUUCAUGGAUAGAUGUAGUUUUCAUUUCAUAAACAACUAAUUUAUCUGAUACUUAAUUCGAAGGAUUGAUAGGACAAGACAUAGAUUUUACAAGAAUGCCUAAGAUUAAAAGCAAUACAUCAUAAUAUUAUUUAGUGGAUAAGAAUGGGAACAUUGUCAUUAGUGAUCUUUAUGCAAAUGGUGUUAAGGUUUUAAUAAAAAUGUACAAUUAAAGUGUAACAGGAUUUAAUGAAACUGAUUGGAAUAAUUUAAUAAAAAAGGAUGAAAAUAUUUUUUAUUUAUACAAUAGUGUUUAUGAGAAAAAUAUCAUAGUCUUAAGAACAAAACUAAGUGAAUUAAAUUAUUUCUUAUUUGUAAUAUAUGAUUAAAGUUAAUAUUUGAGAUAAUAGCAAGAAAUUUAUAAUAAAUAGAUGGAGUUUCAAAAUUAAUCAAUUGAUUUUUGUUUAAAAUUACUAGGAACUUUUUUUAUAUUCUCUUUAUUAGUUUAGAUAUUGAUUGUUAAUUAUUUAAUGAAAGAUUUAAAACGGUUGGAAAAGAUGGCUACUAAGAAAGUAGUCUAUUUUUAUAAGAGCAUAGCUUAAUUUCCUGAAUAAAGAUUUACUUCUUCUAUAUCUCGAUUAUAUAAUGCAUAUAUGAAUUUAGUAAACAAUUUUGAUUCAUAAGGAAAUAUAAGGAAGAAUGAAUUAUGUUCUAAAAUAUAAUCAAUUGAAUUUCCAUAAAAAUAUAGGAAAUUGAAAUGUUAUAUUUAUUCAGAUGAGAUUCCAAGAAAACAAAAUUACACAUAAACUUAAUUACUUGAAUACUUUAUGUAUUUUAAAAAUGAAACCAAUUUUUGA